UUAAAUGCACGAUCCAAAUCAAACACACACACCUCUACUUUAUUACCGACAGAAGAGGAAAUUAAAGCAUCUUUAAUUUCCAUUUUUCAAAGUUGAAGAAAGGGUACUGUGAGAGGGGCAUAAUGGAUUACUAUACACUUGUGUUGGGAUCAAUUUUUGCCUUGAGUUUUCUUUAUAUUCUAGCCAAAAUAUGCAGCAAAAAACUUCCACCAGGGCCAACACCAUGGCCAAUUAUUGGAAAUCUUCACUUAUUAGGUCAAAAACCUCAUAUAUCACUAGCCAAUCUUGCAAAAAUCUAUGGUCCAAUUAUGAGUUUAAAACUUGGCCAAAUUACUACAAUUGUCAUUUCUUCUUCAACCAUGGCAAAACAAGUUCUUAAAAAUCAAGAUCAAGCAUUUUCAACUAGAUUUAUUCCUAAUGCUCUUCAAGCACAUAACCAUUACAAAUUUUCUGUAGCAUGGCUUCCUGUUUGUCCUCAAUGGCGAACGCUUCGACGAAUCUUGAACACCAACCUCCUCUCUUCCAAUAGGCUUGAUGCAAAUCAACAUUUAAGAUCUCAAAAGGUGAAAGAAUUGCUUGCUUAUUGUGCAAAAUGUAGUCAAGAAGGUGAAGUUGUGGAUAUAGGUCAAGUUGCUUUCAAGACUUCUCUCAAUUUGUUAUCAAGCACCCUUUUCUCUAAGGACUUGGCUGACCCCUUUUCGGAUUCAAAGGUUGAGCUUAAGGAUGUGAUUUGGGGCAUUAUGGCUGAGGUUGGAAAGCCUAACCUAGUGGAUUUUUUCCCUAUACUUGAAAUGAUUGAUCCUCAAGGUAUAAGGCGUCGUGCAACAUUUCAUUUUGGUAAGUUGAUGAAACUUUUUGAUGGUUUGAUCAAUGAGCGAUUAAGGGAAAAGAGUAGAUUUAGCAGUGCAAAGAGUGAUGUUUUGGAAGAUUUUCUGAAUAUCAGCGAAGAAAACACUCAAGAGAUCAAUCAUAAUCACAUCAAGUCCAUGUUCCUGGACCUAUUUGGUGCGGGGACUGAUACAACAACAAGCACAUUAGAAUGGGCAAUGGCAGAAAUAAUUAGACAACCUGAAAUAAUGGAAAAAGCACAAGCUGAACUUGCAAAAGUCAUUGGAAAAGGAAAAAUAGUAGAAGAAGCUGAUGUUUCCCAACUUCCUUACUUGCAAUGCAUUAUCAAAGAAACCUUAAGGAUGCACCCGCCGGUCCCGUUCUUAGUCCCGCGCAAAGUGGAUCAGGAUGUUGAAUUGUGUGACUAUAUCAUCCCGAAGGGGUCACAGGUACUAGUCAACGCGUGGGCAAUUGGCCGAGAUUCUACUUCUUGGGAGGACCCUUUAGUGUUUAAACCUGAGAGGUUUUGGAGUUCGAAUUUGGAUAUGCGAGGGCAAGAUUUUGAAUUGAUUCCAUUUGGUGCUGGUCGAAGAAUAUGCCCUGGCUUGCCACUGGCAUUGAGAAUGGUUCCGGUAAUGCUGGGCUCGCUAUUGAACUCCUUCACUUGGAAGCUCGAGCCAGGAAUUGCACCAAAAGACUUAGAUAUGGAGGAGAAGUUUGGUAUCACCUUAGCGAAAGCCCAUCCUUUGCGGGCUAUCCCAUCCCCGAUUUAGAGUAUCGUAUUGUAUUAUUACUUUAAAUACAAUAUUUCUUGUGAUUAUUACAGUAAAAUAAGAAGGUUAUGAUGAUUAGAAGA